AUGGCGCAAAAUCAGGAUCAAGCGCCCACUCUUCCUAGUUCUGGCGUUCGUGAUACAGGAAUCGAUGUCAUUGUUGUCGGCGCUGGUUUUGGAGGUAUUGCUUGUGCAAUUGAAUGCAAAAGAAAAGGUCACCGAGUGAUGGUCUUCGAGAAGGUGCAUGAAUUGAAGACCCUAGAACUGACGAAAUACCAGGUACUGAGCCUGGGCGAAAACGCUGGUCGCAUCCUGGCCAGAUGGGGCCUCCAUGACAGAUAUAAAGCACAACACGACAGAUUGUGGAAUAUCUGCGCUCACGCCCGUGAACUCCACGUCCAUGAUUACCUCGGAGGUCUCAUUCACGUACAAAAGCUGCCUCAGCCGCUCUUCAGGGCGUUCUCUUACAAUGACCAUCGACCGCUUCUCCACAAUGUCCUCUUCGAGCAUGCGAAGUCCUUGGGAAUCGAGAUCCGCAUGGGACACGAGGUUGUGGAAUAUUGGGAGGAUGAAGCGAAUGGGAAAGCUGGUGUCAAACUUCAAACAGGUGCGAGGUUUGAUGCCGAUGUCAUCGUUGCUGCAGAUGGAGUGAAGAGUCUGGCGAGAAAGUUUGUUAUCGGAUAUCACGACAACCCGAAACCUUCUGGUUAUGCCAUUUACCGAGCAUGGUUCGAUGCUGAAAAGCACGGGAUUACGACAGAUCCAUUGACGGACUUCCUGAGCAGUCGUGGGGAUGUGUUGUACGGGUGGAUCGGUAGAGACGUGCACUUCGUAACGUCUUCUUCCCGCGGAGGUAAACUUAUUUCAUGGGUCAUCACUCACAAAGAUAAUGCAGCUGUGGAUGGCCACUGGUCCUCCCCGGGUAAGAUAGAAGACGUACUUGAUAUCGUGAAAGACUGGGACCCGCGGUGCGCUGCAGUCAUCUCCAAAGCUCCCUCAUGCAUCGACUGGAAGAUUCUUGUACACGACCCUCUUCCUACUUGGGUCAGCAAAUCUGGUCGCGUGCUACUGAUCGGCGAUGCUGCUCAUCCAUUCUUACCAACAAGCAUGCAAGGUGCAUCUCAAGCCAUCGAGGAUGGCGUAACUCUAGCAGUCACCCUGAAUCUUGCUGGCAAAGACAACGUUCCACUGGGCACGAGGGCAUGGGAAUCCAUGCGUUACCAACGGGUACGCGAUGCGCAGCUGAUGGGGGAGACUACCCGUGAUAAAUGGCAUGGCGCCAAAGCUGGCGAUUCUGGAAAAAGUUUUGAGCUUCCCAUGCCAGAGUGGUUGUUGGCAUUCGAUGCCGAGGCACACGCAUAUGCCGCUUACAGCGGAAUAGCCCAGAGUAUAGUUCAAGACGGUUAUCACCAGCCAUCUCUUUCUGGGGGGCAGUUUACUGAACACGUCAAAGAAACCACGCCAGCGCAGUAGGUACCCAACUGUACAGACAGAAUAGAGUUUGCGAAUAAGAAGCCUGAUCACGAGUUUCUGACCUUUGUUG